AUGAAGCUCUCUUUCAGAGAUCUGAAGCAGCAGAAAUUCACUGUCGAUGCUGAACCUACCGACACGAUUGGUCAAGUAAAAGAGAAGAUUGCCGCCGAGAAAGGAUGGGACGCGGGUCAACAAAAGCUCAUUUAUGCCGGCAAGGUCCUGGCUGAUGCCAACACCGUUGAAUCCUACAAGAUCGAGGAAAAAGGAUUCAUUGUCUGUAUGGUUAGCAAGCCAAAAGCCGCGCCUGCUCCCAAAUCGGGCACCCCGUCGACACCUGCUGGCACUUCUGCCUCGACCCCAGCCGCACCCGCACCAGCUGCACCAGCUGCCAACCCACCAGCUGCCUCGUUAGAGCAGCCUUCCACGCCCACUCCUGCACAGACUACUACCACAGCCCCUGCUACUGAACCCGGUGGCUUCAACGACCCUUCAGCCUUCCUUCUCGGUAAUCGCAAUGAGAACACGAUCCGAGAGAUGGAAUCCAUGGGCUUUGGCCGACCCGAGAUCGAACGUGCUCUGCGUGCGGCGUUCUUCAACCCAGACCGAGCCAUCGAAUAUCUUUUGAGUGGGAUUCCAGAAAAUGUCCAGGAGCAACAGCGACAGGCAACCGCAGCAGCUAGUGCUCAGGAUGCUCAAGGUACUCCUACAUCUCCACCAGCCGCCCAAGCUGCCACUACUGGAGGAACCACGACUACCUCUGGAGAUGAGCCCAUCAAUCUCUUCGAAGCGGCCGCACAAGCCGGACAACAGGCUCGUGGCACUGGAGCUGGACUCGGGACAGCGAGACCUGGCGCGAAUGCCGCCGCGGCAGGAGGCCAGCCAGCGGUGAAUCUGGAAUUCUUGCGGAACAGUCCUCAUUUCCAGCAACUCCGACAACUCGUGCAGCAGCAGCCCGCAAUGCUUGAGCCGUUCUUACAGCAGGUUGCUGAAGGUAACCCGCAGCUGGCCCAGAUGAUCAGCCUCAACCCCAAUCAAUUCCUCCAGCUCCUGGCAGAGGACCAGGAAGGCGAUGGCGGUCCUCUCCCGCCCGGCACCACUGCGAUUAGUGUCACGCCCGAAGAGCGUGAGGCUAUCGAACGCCUUUGUGGGCUCGGCUUCUCCCGUGAACAGGUCAUCCAAGCUUACUUCGCUUGUGACAAGAACGAGGAGUUGGCCGCCAACUUCUUGUUUGAGCAGCCCCCUGAUGACGACGAGCAGUGA